AUGGACAGCUUCACGAAUGGCUCGAAGAGUCCUCUUCAGAACGACAAUCGACGUUUCCCUCACGCAAACCACCGACAGAAAAAUCUCGAACCACUUGAUAGGCCCGCAAAGCGACGGAGAAGUGUCAGUCCGUUGAGCGAUAAAUUAUCACGGUGCAAGAGGACAACCCUUAUUCAACAUCAUCUCCAGACGACGUUAACGAAAGCGAGAAAAGAUGAAAACCUAUUGAACCAAUUCUCAAAAUCUGCACCUGUGAUGAAUGCUGCCGUAGACAGCAUGAACGAGCGAACUACUCGGUUGGGGUUAGAGAAUGCAUAUCCCGAAGACGUAGAGAUGGAUUUUCGUCCCCAUUCCGACGGAGAAGAAGCCGAAGAUAAAGAGACAAGCUACGAACGAGUACCCAUGCAUCAGUCGACCCACACUCUCACAUCGUCAUUAUUGCCGUUACAUAAACCUCAUCCAAUUGCUUACCAACAACAUUUAGCACUGAUUUCAUCCAGCCGAUCCAAAAAGCUCUCGAACUCCAACCGACAUCUCAACUCCCAGAAAAAAUCUGUUGAUAAUGAAGAUGAGCCUCAAAGGAUCAAAGAGAACAACUUCUGA